AUGCGUCCGCAGGUGAAAGACUCUACGCUACCUAACUAAACGCGUCUACAAACUUAAUGAAAGAGUAUACAUUUCGCUUUCUCAGUUUUAUAGGACUUGUUUGAGAUUAUCGAAAUCCGGCAGGCUGCCAUUUGGGAUUGCUAACGCAGAUAACAACUACAUAGAACACUUAAACUUCAUUGCAUUACAAUGUCAUUUUCAAUUUUUAAAAUAGACUGAAGGGGACAACCCCAUAUACACCUCGGCACUUAUCAUGAUAAAAAUGUACUCUUUUGGCGAGGGUCAGCCCAUGGAACGCAAGGGAAGAGGGCAAGUUUUCUUCUUUAUGAAAGUGGACGUGCACCGAAUUGUUACAAAGGAAGCAACAACAUCCUGAUUUUUCCUCUGGAUUUAUUUAUUUAUUCCCGGUCUGGAGUCCUACACCAUGGAGACUGUUGGAAAGUUCGAGUUUAACAGGAAAGACUUGAUCGGACAUGGUGCCUUCGCAGUUGUGUUUAGAGGAAGGCAUAAGAAGAGACACGAUCUGGAGGUAGCCGUGAAGUGCAUAAAUAAAAAGAACUUGGCAAAAUCACAGUCUCUUUUGGGGAAAGAGAUCAAAAUAUUAAAAGAGCUGAAACAUGAGAACAUCGUUGGCCUUCUUGACUUUCAGGAGAUUUCAGGAUGUGUGUAUCUUGUCAUGGAGUACUGCAAUGGAGGUGACCUAGCAGAAUAUCUACAGGCGAAGGGCUCCCUGCGCGAGGACACCAUUCGCCUGUUCCUGCAGCAGAUCGCUGGGGCCAUGAGCGUGCUCCGGAGCAAAGGCAUCAUCCACCGAGACCUGAAGCCGCAGAACAUCCUGCUGGCCUACAACACCAGCCGCAGAGCCAGCCCCAGCAACAUCUGCAUCAAGCUAGCUGACUUUGGCUUUGCCAGAUAUCUCCAGGGCAACACCAUGGCUGCCACUCUUUGCGGCUCUCCCAUGUACAUGGCUCCAGAAGUGAUCAUGUCUCAGAAUUAUGAUGCUAAAGCUGACCUCUGGAGUGUGGGCACUAUUGUCUAUCAGUGCUUGACCGGCAAGGCACCCUUCCAGGCCAGCAGUCCACAGGAACUCCGUCUGUUCUACGAACGGAACCGGAACCUGACCCCGAGCAUCCCCCGGGAGACUUCUGCUCCACUGAGACAGCUGCUGCUGGGGCUGCUGCAGAGAAGCCACAAGGACCGCAUGAACUUUGAUGAGUUUUUCCAUCAUCCGUUUCUGGAGGCUGGCUCCGCAGCUAAGAAAUCAUCUCCAGUGCCCAUGCCAUCCUACCCCAGCACCGGCUCUGGGAGCAGCAGCAGCAACUCUUCCACUCCACAUCUAACACCAACUCAGUCUGACGCGGAGACCCAGAGGCCUGGCCGUCUCCCCCUCCCCCUCCCCCUCCCCACCACACCGCCCUCCCCCGACUCCCUGCUCAAAGACUCCGACUCCUCCGAGCCGGACGACUACGUCAUGGUUCCUGCACAAUUCACCAGUGAAAUUGCGUGUGAUGCAGCGGGAGGCCAACCUACUGACAGUCUGAUGCACAGCGGUAGUUUCCUGUUGGCUGCUGGAGCUUGUGCAGGCAGGACUCCUCCCCCCUCUCCCUCCUUACGCACCUCUCCCAGCCCUGUCAGGCCUGCUGAGUUAUGUGUCAGUAGCUACAGCCAGUCUGUUCCCAUCCCUGUGCCCACUCAGAUUCACAACUACCAGCGCAUGGAGCAGAACUUGCACAGUCCCUCCAGGACUACAUUAUCCAUGCAGCACUGCUCUGGCAAAUCAGGAAGUCCCUCUCCUGUAGAAACUGCACCCAUCUACAGGAAGCUGUCAACUGGGGGCUGUCGGCCUAACCUGCCCUCACCACUGGUUGGCACCAUCCCUGAGAGACCCGAUCAGUCUUCUCCUCGGGGCACGCGGACUGGCAUGCAGGACCUGAGCCCUCAGUACAAGAUUCAGGCCCGGGUGUCGGCCCAGCGCCACACAGACCUGGGAACAGACGCCCCUCUGAGUCACAGGAAGAGGACCCACAGGCAAAGCCCCGACCCCACUGUGGCUAAAUUUGACCUCCGCAGACGGCCCAGUUCCCAGAACCUCCUGGGGCCCCGCGUCCGCACCGUGCCCAACCUAAAGGAGCUGGAGGGCGGCCAGGGCACCGUGCCCACGCUCACCCGACACGCCGCCGACAGGAGGAGAGACUCCAUCAAGAGAUCGAUGAGCACAGGGCGUCUGUCAGACAUGUUGCUGAAGGCUGUGUUUGGAGCACAGCUAGACCGCGGCAGCACAGACAGCCUCAAUAUGGAGAGACCCAUGGACACAACAGGGGUUGGAGGGAGUCCCUCUCGGGCCGUCUUCACGGUGGGUUCCCCCGGAUCUGGCCCCUCUCCUCCAAUGAAAAGCAGGCCCAGAUUCUUCACCGUGGGCUCCACCAGCCCUGUGAGUCCAGACUGGACCUACGGGGCUCGUCAGGCCCAGGCUGGAGUGCAGGGGGAGGGCUGCGACUGCAACAUGGGCCCCCUGAGCAGAGCCGUCGCCUUUGAGCCCCCAGAGCUGCCGGAGGAGACUCUCAUGGAGCAGGAGCACGCGGAGGCGCUCGGCCACCUGCGCUUCAUCCUGGCCUUCUCCCACUGCAUCAUGGAGAUCGCAGCUGCAAAGGACUCUGGGAUCGAGGCGUGCGAUGCCCCGGACGCCUCCUUCCUGGAGCAGAGCAUGGUGGCUGACCAGAUCAGCUUGCUGAGCCGCGAAUGGAGCUAUGCUGAGCAGCUGGUCCUCUAUAUGAAGAGUGCUGAACUGCUGUCAUCUGUGAUACAUACUGCGAUGGAGGACAUCAAGCAGGGCAAACUCUACGCCUCCUGCUCCGUCAAACAGGUGGUGCGCAAGCUGAACGAGCUGUACAAGUCGAGCGUGAGUUCCUCUCGCUCUCUCAACGGCCGGCUGCAGCUCUUCUUCACCACCAAACAGAGGCUCAUGGACCGCAUCAACAGCAUCACGGCCGAGAAGCUCAUCUACGCCCACACCGUCAACAUGGUCCAGUCCACGGCCCUUGAUGAGAUGUUUCACCAGGGCGAGGCCUCGGUGGAGCACUACCACAAAGCCCUGCUGCUGAUGGAGGGGCUCACCUUCAUCAUCACAGAACCAGCAGACAUACACAACAUCGACAAGUGUAAACAGUGCAUACAGAGACGCCUCUCUGCCCUGCAGCCUGGCACGUACGUGUGAGAAGAGGGCGUUAAUCCCCAGUCCGUCCCCCGUCCCCCGCCUCAGCUCUCUCCUUCGCCAUCGCAACCACAACCGCCGCUCUCUCCCUCUCUGCAAGCGUGUUGUGGUUACCUUCUGUCGACAAUCAUUUGAGAAGCUCUUCCACCUGGCGCUGGUGAAGGUGAGGGACUAAACACAUGCCAGUGAGAGCUUCAUCAAAGACGAACGCUGAGAUCCCUCUCACUGGCAGUUGUGACGCGGUGACCCAAGUGUGGAAGAGCACGCUCUCAGCUUACCCUUGGCAAACAGCUGUCUCCAUGGUAUCUUGGGAGAGAGGUCAUGAAGCCAUUUGGCCGGCCGCCACAUGCCAUUGACUCAGUGUUAUUGUCGGGGCUGGGGAUGGAGAAUCAGGGCUGUGCUGUAUGAGAACCCGAGUGGACAGACCAGGGACAUGGAAUCACAUCAAUAAUAUUGACAGGGUAUGUCAAGGAGGAAUUUGACCAAAAUAUUGCCAAUGUAUAAUAGACAGCUGUUAGAGAGGAAGACAGUAUGAUCUUUUGAGUCGCAUCAUAUACUUGAUCUCUGUUAGGCAUUGAAUCAAGCAAUAUUCUUUCCUUACAACCACUUGAAGCAUCAGAAUUAUCUACUAGAGUGCUGGGCGCUUCAAGUGGACUACAGAAUUUGCACAGCUCUUUUUGCAGUUACAAAUAUGCCCUAGUAUCUGCAUGCCUGUGUGUUUUGGAACCAAUGCAUGCGCACACUGAAUGUUUGGCCACUGCCAGAUUAAUUAAAGGUACACUAUGCAGGUUUCGGUAUUUUUUGGUGACCGUAGAGCUCCCUCUAGAGUCGAGAUGUAUCUAUAUUUUACUUCUUGUGACUUUAUCCCCCUCAUACACAAUGAAAUGCUUUUGUUGUGGAGGUGAAGAAUUAACAACAGGCAAAAACUAUCUCCAAAGAGCUACAAUGUAUAUCUUCUAACAAGGUAAUGUUUCACGAUUCUUGAGAGAUUUUUUCAGUCGUGCAUGGCUGGUUUUCUCAGUGGCGAAUCAUUACAUCUAUGCUGUAUACUAACUAAAGGAUUCACCUAUUAGAAGUUCGUUUUCCAUCAAAUUGGCUUAUAAAGGUGAAUAUCUUGCAUUGUGUACCUUUAAUGUUCAGUUGCAUUAAUGUAUGCAGUGUUAAAGCAGAGUUGUUGAAUAUGUCAAGAAAGAUGUCCCAUUUGGAGUAAAUAUAUAUAUUGCAUGCCUAAUUAUGGGAGAAAAUAACAAACAGCACUUUAUGCACCAAACCUACUGCGUUCACAACUCCUUUGCCUCUUUUAUCCUGCUAUUGCUUUUAGUCAAUCUGCUCGAUCAGGAAACAACAUGGCUGCCAUUUUCGGGCAGCGUCCCAGUUUUGUUGAAUGUGAUUGAUUUGUUGUUGUUGUUGUUUUGUUGUAUUGUUGUUGUUGUUUUUGUCCUGAUUUUGUCUAGUACAUGCUUUGUUUAUCAUUUUAGUUCUAGUUUGAAACUGAUUUUAUUUAUUUAAUUUAGAUAUAGGUGUUUACAAUGUUUCCUUUUGCUUUGAUACCAAAACAAUUCAUAUUUAAGUUUAGCUUUGAGUUUGCUGUGAGUUUUAUGUAGUCUGGAUACGCUUAUUAAUUGUUUGGAUAACUGUUUCAGGACACUCAAUGGGUGUAUUUGAGUCUGUAUUCAAGACUGUAGGAAUGGAAUUAAAUGCCAUUUUCCACAGUUGAACCGGUGACAAAAUCUGAAAGAAGAAGAAUGUGUAGGCCUAUAGCAUGUAUCAUUGAAUAUGUAGAAAAUGUGGUGUUUUGCUUUGGUAUUCUGGUUAAAUCUUGGAUAUUGUAACUCAUACCAAAGCAUCACGCCUACUGCCUUGCCUUAACUAAGCCAAGUUCCUUUGAUCUAAAAACUGCAUGCUAUAUGCUUUGGGUAAUGCCGCCCUCUAGACACAAACACAGGUCCUGCCAUUUCUUCUGUGUGUGUGUGUGUGUGUGUGUGUGUGUGUGUGUGUGUCUCCCGUCUCACUCAAAUGCCUUCUCAAAAUCUGGGUUGACAAUCAAGAUAGGCUUUGGGAGGAUGUAGUACUGUAGGAGGACCUGCACAGUGAAAGUGCAGAUGGUACUGUACCUACGUUUUUGCACUAGUGCUGAAAUAUUCAUGUGUGCAGGUUAACAAGUAUGAUUGAACUUAUUUUUCAAUAAAAAAAGUUAAUGUUACCGAAACAGAUAUGAUCUGUUUCUUUUCUUUUUCCAUGAAAUUCUGCAUAUGAAGUGUUUUGUACUGUUGAAUGGUUUGGUUAUUGUGAGAGUGUUUUGACAGUUUUGUGAUGGGUUGUUUGUACUUGAGUUGUUAAUGAAUGUUUCUGACACAACCUGGAUGUAAGGAUGCACAGAACACUGUAAUAGUAACAAAAUGACAGCCUAAUGGCUAAUAAUGUACUUUUGAUUAUCAGGCAAAAGAUAGCCUAUUUGUAAAUGUAUUGCUGCAGUAUUUAUAUGGUUUGUAUGUGUAUGUUUGAAGCCAAAAUCAAUUUUUCAUUUUGACAUGUGUAUUUGAAUUGUUGAAAUAAAGAAGUCUGCUUUUUAC